AUGAAAGCAACUCCAAGUAAGAUAAAAGCUUGGAAAGAGUUGCCGAUUGUUAAAGAAUGUUACGAAAAGUUACAUUCAAAAAUAACGAACAAUGAAGAUGAAACCUGGUGCGGGAAAAUAAUUAACGAAGUGUGGGAGGACACCUCGAAAGUUUCUAAUGAACAAGUAGCUUUCGUUGUAACAUUAUGCGAAAGUUUUUUAAACCCCAAUAAUGAAGAUAUUAAAAAUGAUAGUAAAUAUUUACGUAAGAGAUUGAAAAGAAAUCUAAAAAAAAUGGAAAAUGGCGAAAAAUUUGAUUUGAGAGAGUCAGAUUCUGAUGAAGACGAGCCAGAAAGUGACUCAACCAUAUCAAAUGUGGAUGAAAAAGAAACGAGAGAAAUAGAAGUAACAAGAAGAGAAGCAAGAAUGAGAGAUAUAGAAGAAGCGAGAAGAGAAAUAAGAGCAAGAGAAAAUGAAGGAGAAA